AUGUCUGUUGAGAUUACUCCCUCGAAGCAGGCUGCUUCCGCCAUUGAGUCGUUCAACAUCGAGUCGCCUGUCAAGAAGCUUGACUUCAACACCGCCAACAAGGAGAACCACGCCGAUUCCGAGGCGGACUCCGUUGUCAAGUCCAUGGACGAGCAGGCCAAGCCCAUUGCCAUCGAGGCAAAGAGGGAAGAGGGAGAUAAGGCAGUCGUAGCUCCGGGAAUCAAGGACUUUGAAGCCGAUGAGCCGCUGCUGAGGGAGAACGGCCAGCGUUUCGUCUUGUUCCCCAUCAAGUACCACGAGAUCUGGCAGAUGUACAAGAAGGCAGAAGCUUCUUUCUGGACCGCCGAAGAGAUUGAUCUGUCUAAGGAUCUCCACGACUGGAACAACAAGAUCAAUGAUGACGAAAAGUACUUCAUCUCACACAUCCUUGCCUUCUUUGCCGCUUCAGACGGCAUCGUCAACGAGAACCUCGUUGAGCGCUUCAGCGCAGAGGUUCAGGUUCCUGAGGCUCGAUGCUUCUACGGCUUCCAGAUCAUGAUGGAGAACAUCCACUCCGAGACUUACUCGCUGCUCAUUGACACCUACAUCAAGGAGCCUGCUCAGAGGACCUAUCUCUUCAACGCCAUUGAUACCAUUCCCUGCAUUCGCAAGAAGGCUGACUGGGCCUUGACAUGGAUCACCGAUAAGAAGUCUACCUUCGCCACCCGCCUCGUUGCUUUCGCGGUUGUUGAGGGUAUCUUCUUCAGCGGUGCCUUCGCCUCCAUCUUCUGGCUCAAGAAGCGAGGCCUCAUGCCGGGCCUAACCUUCUCCAACGAACUCAUCUCUCGUGACGAAGGUCUUCACACUGAUUUCGCUUGCCUGCUGUUCUCUCACUUAAACAACCGCCCCAGCAAGCAGACGGUCCAAGACAUUGUCACCGAUGCUGUCAAUAUCGAGCAAGAGUUCCUGACCGAGGCCCUCCCCUGUGGCCUGCUCGGCAUGAACGCUACUCUCAUGAAGCAGUACAUUGAGUUCGUUGCAGACCGCCUCCUCGUCGCCCUCGGCAAUGAGAAGGUUUACAAGGCAACCAACCCAUUUGACUUCAUGGAGAACAUUUCUCUUGGUGGCAAGACAAACUUCUUCGAGAAGCGUGUCGCCGAUUACCAGAAGGCUGGUGUAAUGGGCAGCACUACCAAGAAGGAAGAGGAAGCGACUGAGGGUAAGGGCGAGAACGGCGGAGACUUCUCCUUCGAUGAUGACUUUUAA